AUGAACGAGGAGGAAGCAGAGGCUGCAGGUAUCCAUCAACAGACAGGGGCACUUCUUCUGAAUUGGUACGACUCUGCGCUAUACUUCCUCCAGAGAGCCGAUUUUCUCCGACGAUGGGAUGUCCGCACCGUCCAGGCAACUGCGAUUUUAGGUAUCGUUUCCAUCAAUGUCGGUGACUCGAAGAUGCAGAGCGUGCUUUGGGCCUGCGCCAUCCGCAUCGCUCAGUUUUUGAACAUGGGGAAUGAUAGUGCGCAUCAGAAUGAAUCGCUUCUUCUCACAGAAACGCGCCGGCGGCUUUGGUGGACGUUGGUUAUAUGCGAAUGGAUUCCCAUACCGUACCUCGCACCUUGUAUUUCUGACGCGGAUUUUCGAAUCGAACUUCCUGCUACGUUAGAUGAUGAGGAAUUGCUGUCUGAGCCUAGACAAGAUGAUCUCCCAAGACCCAUACAGUACCACAUUGUCAUGAUACAGUUGGCGAAAAUCUAUCACGGAUUUCGCGUCUCCUUGAACCUGCUAUCUGGCAAGGCCGCAGACAUCGUGACAUUGGUCUUGCAGACCGAUGAAGCACUCGCAGAUAACAUUGCUGGUCUGCCAUCGCACCUCCGAUUCGACAUUUCCAGCUCUUCAUCGGUAACUGAGUCUCCAGACGUCGAUAAGCCAUGGAUACAAUGGCAGCGAAUAAACAUAUCCUUGAUACUGUUAUACUACCGGAUCGCAGUAAACCGGGUCCUUCAAAACCAAUGGGUUCAGGAUCCCACGACGUUCGCACGAACGCGUGCGAUAUGUUUGGAUUCUGCGCGUGGGAUUAUCUCGUUAGCUUCUACUUGCACGGAUUCUCUUGCUCGGCAUAGACCUUGGGCUACAUCUUUACAUCUGUUCUCUGCGGCGAUAAUCCUCGGUGUGGAGGCACGGUUCCACGCAGAUGAGUCUAAGCAGCAAUAUGUUCGGGACAUGCGAUUUUGCGUUGGAUUUUUGAAUGGAGUGAAGGAUCAGAGCAUCAUUGCUACACAUGCUGUUCAGAUUUUAGAGGAACAAUUUCCCGAUGAGCAGUGA